UCCCUCGGUAGCGCAAGCGCAGUUAGCAGCGCGGCAGACUCACCGUCAUGGUGCUAGUUCAGGAUUCUUGAGUGCGAUCUAAAAGCCAUAGCUUCGUGUUUCUCUUCAAAUAUAUUUUUAUGCUUACCGUUGCAUUUGUAAUACAGAUUUUAAUUGUUCGAAGAAAUGUAUUUGAGUAAAAAUUGCUAAUAUUCUGUUGAACCUUAGAAACAUGUACAGGAAUACGGUCUUUGGAUUGAGAUUUUUAAAAAGUUGCAUGUUAAAAAGGAAUGUAAAUCUCCAGCCUUUUAUUCUUCUUAGAAAAUGUACUUCAGAAACAAGUCUCAAAUUUGUUAACAAAAAUGAAACUUCAGAAACAGCUGGAAUUGACGUGAAAAAUGUGGAAUUUGCACCUCCAAAGCCUUUUGACGAAGUGCCUAUUUCUGAAGAUGCUAAUAAAAUAGAGCUGAAUCCAGCAGAAUUUAUUGAUCAUCUUGGACCACCAAUGCCAGUUGCAUUUAAUUUAGCAGCGUUUGUAAAUCGUUCAGAAACUCUAAUGAAGCUAGUUCAAUUAGGUGUUGAUCUUUCCAUACUUGAUCAGAGCCCCAAAAAAGCAAAAUAUAUAUUAAAACUGGAUUUUGAAAAGGAUAUAAAGCAUCAUAUUCAAUUUUUACAUGAUCAUGGAGUGGAUAGUGAUGAGCUAGGGCAUUUUAUAACUAAAAAUCCUUUUAUUUUUAAAGAUUCUAUCGAAAACUUGGAAAUACGAAUAAAUUACUUAAAAAGCAAAAAAUUCACCGAAGAUUCUAUAAGCUACCUUUUGAUGAAACACCCUCUCUUUUUAAGCCUAACGACAAAACAAGUUGAUUCUCGCCUUGGAUUUUUUCAGAAGCAAUUUUCUCUUACCGGUGAUGAAGUUAGGCAUUUUAUAACAAGGUGUCCCAAACUUAUUUCAUACAAAUUUGAAAAAAUUUUGGAAAAGCUUUUUAUAUUUAAAGAGCUAUUUGGAUUCUCUAGUGAUGACAUGAAAAAAAUUCUGUUGAAUAAACCAAAAAUAUGGAUGUUAGGACCAAAGGAACUGAAAGAAAGGUUUGACAUUGUGCACAAUGUGAUGGGUAUUCCACAGGAGGAGAUUCUGAGAUUUCCUGGUGUGUUUUUAAAAAGAAGUUUUCUCCUAAAGCAACGGCACCAGUAUCUUGUACAUUUAGGACGUGCUCAAUAUGAUUCUCUCAAGCCGAUGUAUGUUUCCCUUUCAGACAUUGCAACGACAACAGAUUUUGAAUUUUGCCGUGAAUGUGCCAGAACUUCUGUAGAUCAAUAUAAUGAAUUCUUGAAAACACUGUGAUAUUUAUGUAAAUCAGGUAUGUACUGCAAUUGACAUUGAAUAAUCAUUUUUUGAACAAAUAAAAUCUUUUUCUCUCAAGCUA